AUGUUGUGCGAUAAAAUAUUUAUAAUUUUAGCUCUAGUUUUAAUAAAUAAUUCUCGAGCUUCAGACCCCCCGCUUGCUGUUUUUACAGAUGAAGAAUUAAUCCAACAUAUUACUACUGAUCCUGUCAUUGCGCUUUUUAAACUUACUGAUGAAACUUUUGAACAUUUGACCCAGGUCAGUACUGGAGCUACUACUGGGGAUUGGUUUGUUAUGUUUUACAGUGACAAUUGCGUAGAAUGUCAGCGCCUAGGGGCAAGAUGGGAAGCAGUAGGCGCUAAAAUAAAACGCAGAAUAAAUACAGCAAGGGUUAACAAACAUACCUCUGGAGCUGCUACUGCUAGGAGAUUCAGCGUCUACGAUGUUCCGGAAUUGAUUCUCUUCCGGAGAGGAAAAAUGUACAGAUAUCAAAUUCCCAAGUAUGAUGUUAACGCCAUGGUGUCGUUCGCUGAAACUUGGUACAAGAACACUCAAGCAGAAAAUGUUCCAGUUCCUCAAAGUCCAUUCAUGAUAAUUUGCAUUUUAGUUAUUGUCUCAGUAGUCUCAAAACUUCGAAACAAAACUGAAACACCAGCAACUAAGAAGAAAGAUAAAUAA